AGCCUAUCAGGUUCUAGCACCCAUUUGACCGAAACAAAAGCAGAAAGACGCAAAAUCCUUUGUCCCUAAAAUGGCGGCGGCUCUGCAGACGAAUAUCCGGCCGGUGAAGGUUCCGGCAACGUUCAGAGCUGUCAACAAACAAUCUUUGGCACCCUUUAGAGUAAGAUGCGCUGUUGCAUCCCCUGGGAAAAAACGAUACAACAUCACUCUCCUUCCCGGUGACGGCAUCGGUCCGGAGGUUGUCUCUAUUGCCAAAAAUGUGCUUCAGCAAGCUGGAUCCUUGGAAGGAGUGGAAUUUAGCUUCCGCGAGAUGCCAAUAGGUGGAGCUGCUUUGGAUUUGGUCGGAGUUCCCUUGCCGGAGGAGACCAUCGCAGCUGCUAAAGAAUCAGAUGCACUGCUUCUUGGAGCCAUUGGAGGGUACAAGUGGGAUAACAAUGAAAAACAUCUGAAGCCUGAGACGGGGUUACUUCAGAUUCGUGCAGCUCUCAAAGUCUUUGCAAAUCUGAGACCUGCUACAGUUCUCCCACAGUUAGUGGAUGCUUCCACCUUGAAGAGAGAAGUAGCAGAAGGUGUUGAUCUAAUGGUUGUAAGGGAGCUUACAGGAGGUAUUUAUUUUGGAGAGCCGAGGGGCAUAAAGACCAACGAAAAUGGCGAGGAAGUUGGGUUUAAUACUGAGGUUUAUGCUGCUCACGAGAUUGAUAGAAUUGCUCGUGUUGCCUUCGAGACUGCUCGAAAACGGCGUGGCAAGCUGUGUUCUGUUGACAAAGCUAAUGUCUUGGAAGCCUCAAUCUUAUGGAGAAAACGAGUGACAGCAUUAGCCUCUGAAUAUCCUGAUGUUGAGCUGUCACAUAUGUAUGUUGACAAUGCCGCGAUGCAGCUUGUCCGUGACCCAAAACAGUUUGACACAAUCGUCACAAACAACAUUUUUGGUGAUAUAUUAUCCGAUGAAGCUUCAAUGAUCACAGGAAGCAUUGGAAUGCUGCCAUCUGCUAGUCUCAGUGAUUCGGGACCUGGACUCUUUGAACCUAUACAUGGUUCUGCACCUGAUAUUGCUGGACAGGAUAAGGCAAACCCAUUGGCAACCAUUCUCAGUGCUGCGAUGCUUCUGAAAUACGGACUUGGAGAAGAAAAGGCAGCCAAGAGAAUUGAAGACGCAGUGUUGGUUGCUCUGAACAACGGAUUCAGAACUGGAGACAUUUACUCCGCGGGAACUAAACUGGUGGGCUGCAAGGAGAUGGGAGAAGAGGAUACAAUGAGUGAGAACGUGAACAUAUAUUUUAAAUGCAAAGGUCGCAUGUAUACCUUGAUGAUGAAGACAUCAGGGGAGAAUAUAACUCUCUCCAUGUUAGUAGGUAGGAUAUGCACGAAGCUUGGGUUAGAUGAAAGUAAGGUUAAAUUGCAACUGAGGUAUAAUGCAGUGUUGUUGGGAUCAACUGAAGAGAUUUACAUUUGUGAUGAUGAGGAUGUCGGUGUCUAUAUAUCUUCAGGUGAAAAUAACCGUCGAUAUGUUUUGUAUGUGGAGGUCAUCACUCCACCAGAAUUGCCCGAGCAACUGUCGAGAGUGGAGGUCAUCAAUAAAAGUUCGGUUGGUAAGAACUAUGCGGAAUUGGAUACAAAAGAGGAUGAAAUGAGAGAUAAUGCUGCCAUCGUUUUGUGCGAAUGUGAGGAACAAGGAACAGAACCAAAAGAGGCAAUAGUGGAGGUUGAUGAUACUCAAGAUGCUGAGAUUGGAUCACAGGAUGAAUCUAUGGAUAUACAUGAUGAUAGGGGUGAUGAAUACGUUGAGCCACCGCCUGUUGUAGAAGCUGGUCGGUUUAAAAAGGAAUGGGAAGACGGUAUUGGUUUGAUUUUACGACAAGAAUUUCCAAGCAGGGCGGCAUUGCAGGAAGUGGUGGACAAAGGUGCAUUUGCUAACAGUUUUGGUUAUGUUAUUAAAAAGUCUGAUAAGGAGCGGUAUUUGCUAACGUGUGCUAAAGAAAGCUGUGCUUGGCGUAUACGAGCUACAAAUAUUCGGAAUACAAGUAUUUACUCGAUUAGAAAGUACAACAAGAUGCAUACUUGUACCCGGUUAAGUAAGAGUAAGACAAGGAUGAGGAAGAGGAAAGGUACCCCUGAAUUAGUAGCAGCGCUUCUUCAUGAUACUUUUCCAGGACAAAUGGAAACUCCAGUUCCUAAGGUUAUCAUGGAGCUUGUUCAGACGAAAUUAGGUGUGAAGAUAUCGUACUCCACCGCAUUGAGAGGGAAAAGGCAAGCCAUUUGUGAUUUAAAAGUUGUACCCGAUACUCCAAAAUUGGUAUUUAUGAGUGACAGAAAUUCAAGCCUCAUCAAAGGCAUACGUAAUGUGUAUUUCGCGGCUCAUCACGGGUAUUGUAUUUGGCAUUUAUCCCAAAAUGUGAAAGGUCAUGCCACUAACGUCAACAGAGACGUAGUCGCAUGGAGAUUCAUGGAGUUAAGUCGGGUUUACACCAUGGCUGAAUUCGAGAGGGAGUACAGAAUUUUUAAGCUAAGAUAUCCUUCUGCGGCCAAUUACUUGGAGGAUACAACCGUGAAAGAAAAAUGGGCUAGGUGUUGUUUCAGAGGACAGCGAUACAAUUUGGACACAAGCAACUGUGUGGAAUCUUUGAAUUCAGUUUUCCUCAAUGCAAGGAAGUAUUCUUUAAUACCCAUGCUUGAUGCGAUCAUGUCCAAGAUUUCUGUUUGGUUUAAAGAACAUCGGAAAGAAGCCGCGUCAGGAUCUAAUGAGAAUAAGUUGGUGCCUUUAGUGGAGAACUACUUGCAUGAUUUAUGGGUUGAAGCUGAGAAACUAAAAGUGACGGAGCUAAACACAUUCCAGCUUGAAUACAAUGUCAGGGGUAGUGAAGGGAAAGAAUAUUUUGUCAACUUGCUCUUGAAAACUUGCAGUUGCAAGGUGUUCGAUAUCCAAAAGUAUCCUUGUGUGCAUGCACUAGCCGGUUUCAUUGCCUUCGAGAGCGAUACAACAAGAACUCGAAGUAUGGAAAUACAUGAAUUGGUUUCAAAGUAUUAUUGGGCGGAGAUGUGGGCAUUGGCGUAUUAUAGGACUAUUUAUUUAGUCCCGGAUAAGUCACAAUGGGAUAUCCCAGAUGAGAUCAAAGCGUUGAAGGUAUUACCUCUGCCUCGGAAAAAGAAGAAGGGUAGAACAAAAGUGUUGAGGCUUCCAUCCACCGGGGAAAGGCGUCCAAAACGUCAAAGGACUCAAAACAAAAGGAGGCCGAGACAAUCGCUGCAAUGGUUGUUAUUUGGCAACCAUAGUAUUUGAUUUUAUCUGAACUUUAUGAUUUGUAAACCAUAUUUGCGUUGUACAACUAUGUAACACUAGAUUUGCCUCCUGUAAUACUAUGUUUUAAUUCACUGGCGUAAGGGUAAUAC